CAGCGCUCAUGUAUGAAUCCCAGGGUGCAUAAAUAACGUCGUACUCGCAAAUUGUAAAAGCCAAGUGCCCCAGAAGUUUGUUUCUACCAAAGAAAAAUGCGCUACGCUCUCCUCCUCUUUCCCGGCUUCGAAGCCCUCGACGCCUUCGGCCCCCUCGAAGUCCUCAACGUCCUAGCCGAGCACAGCAAGAUCGACCUCUCCAUCCUUGCGGAAACCCUUGAUCCCGUCUCAACCCGUUCCCCGGAUCCCGCGUCCCACGUCUUGGGAUCAAAAUGCACCCAGGAGAUCGUGCCAACAGGGACGUUCGCUGAUUAUCUACCGACACCUACUCAAGCUUCCUCUCCAAACGAAGAGGGCGAAGGCGAAAAUGAUGCUGGGUUGAAGCGAAUCGACGUCCUCAUCGUCCCCGGCGGCGCCGGAACCCGCUUCCCCCACAUAAUCACCCCAGUCAUCUCCUUCAUCCGCACCAUCUACCCCUCGGUGCAAUACGCAUUCAGCAUCUGCAACGGUUCCGGAGUGCUCGCGCGAGCCGGGAUCCUAGACGGGAAGCGGGCGACGACGAACAAGAUCCUGUACGAGAGUACGACGGCGUUGAGGAGGGAGGUGCGGUGGGUAAGGGAGGCACGGUGGGUGGUUGAUGGGAAUGUGUGGACCGCGUCGGGGGUCAGUGCGGGGAUUGAUGCGGCAUUGGCGUUUGUGCGGAGUGUGUAUGGGGAGGAGCUGGCGAGGGCGAUUGCGAGGGAGAUGGAGUAUGUUUGGGAUGGCGGGGAUGGAGGGGUGGAUCCGUUUGCUUGAGCUGAGCUUGAGUUUUAUGGGGUACUGGGUC